AUGGUCCGUGUAUCUUGGUAUCAAGCAUUCACAAUCGCCUACUUGGAACCUCAGGCCCAACUCUUGGACCUAAAGGAUGUUGGUCUUCACGCUGCUGCUACCCGUCCUAGCAUAUGGACAAGAUUGGAAUUACGAUCCAAGCUCACCAUCUGGUCCCUCAAACUGGAACGAGAAUUAUCCAUCAUGCGGCGGCCAGAACCAAUCACCUAUAGAAAUAACAACAGAGUCCGCUGUAUUAGAUGACAGUCUUUCUCAGUUAUUUCUGUUGAAUGCAAAUAAACAUUUACGACGAACUACAUUGGAGAACAUUGGGAAUGCAGUUCGUAUUAACAUUCCAAAGAAGCAUCUAUUGGUGUUUUACCAUGGAAACCUACCUGGAGAAUUUAGAGUACAAGAGGCCAUAUUUAACUGGCCUGGUGAACAUGUUAUAGAUGGCGCACAGGCAAAACUCGAGUUGCAAAUUGUUGCUUGGAAUAAGGAUUUGUAUGAAAACUACGAGGAAGCUGUGGGAAAACCUGAUGGGAUAGCCAUAUUUAGCGUUCUUUUUUCAGUCUUAGAUGUCCCUGAGUCGGGUAUGGAGAAGAAUAACCCUAACUUACAAGGAUUAAACAAAACCUUAUACUCAAUUACCAAUCCAGGCGACGUGGCUCAGAUGGCUGAUAAUGGAUUGUCAUUAAGUGACGUCGUACCCGACCUAAGGAGAAAUAGAUACUACCAAUAUAUGGGAAGUUUCUCAUCCCCAUCCUGUGAUGAAAAUGUUAUUCGAAUCGUGUUUGCAGAUAGCAUCACAAUGUCCAAGACUCAGUUUGAGGCUUACCGAAGGCUCAUUGGAUCCGAUGGAAGUCCAACUCUUGAUGGUUUUAGUAGGCCUGUGCAGAGCUUGAAUGAACGCGAGAUUAAACGCAGUUUUGAGUUAUACGAUCCAGAUGCUCCAGUUGACCCGUUUAAAGAGUCUUGCAAGAAUGUAUUUUGGGUAAUUGAUCAAAGUUGUUCGGUGUAUGAACAAAUGGAACAAGUAAAACAAAUGCUUCUCGAUGUCACAGAUAAAGUUAUAAUUGGUCGUAACUCAGUAGUCAUGACGCUGUUGAAGUUCGAUGACCAACCAUAUUAUAACUUCUAUGCAAGAGACACAACAAGUAAUGAAGUGACGAAACAACUUUUGAAUGAUAAACCAAUUGGUCAAACCGAAAACUGCAAAACAAGAACUUUUUGGGCCCUCCGUGAGUUGAAACAAAGAUUUUUCGAAAGUCGUGUGUUGCGUAUACAGUAUGGCGUACGUAGAUUACCACGCUCUAAAGAUAUAGUAUUUAUUGUCUCAGACGGCAGGACUUUCCCAUAUGGUGGCAGAUGGCCUGCGAUAUACGAGGCUGAGGCAAUAGCAGAUACAGGGGCGGAUAUAUAUUCGAUAAAACUGGACAACAGAUGGGGCAAAGAGGGAGAAACUGAGAUUUAUGGUUUCGUAGGAGGCCAAACUGAACGUGCAUUCCACAUUAACGACACUGAUCUUGUUGACAAAGUAUCUAGUGUAAUAAAUAAUUAUAAGCCUUGCGAAGAAAAAGCCACAACCACACCCAAACCUACAACUACAACAGGACCACCAACGGAACCUGUUACCGAUGCUACUGUUCCUACAACUAUGGCACCAACUACAACUACUACCACAGUACCAACUACUACAACAGAACCACCAUGUGGACAAGAUAUGAACCUGGUGCUUGUUUAUGACACCACACAGAGCUUGAAUAGUGAUGUUGAAAACAAAGUACUUCGAAGGGCACCAUACGAAAAGCGCAUAAGUACCCCUAUAGAAGCUCUAAGGUUGGUUAAGCAGUUCACGUCUGGACUGGUUUCUGAAUUUGAUAUCAGCAAUGAUGCUACACGUGUAGCUAUUGUUACUUUUGACGAAGACGUCAAGGUGAUACAACAGUUUGGGAAUACGAAUAGUCUUGAUAAUACUCUUUUAUCGAUCAACAACAAGGCACAGAACUGGACUGGCGCUGGAACAAGGACUGAUAAAGCAUUGAAGGUUGUUUAUGACGAAAUAUUAACAGAGGCAAAUGGAUGGAGGCCUGAUAUUCCUACGUUGGUUUUCUUAGCUACAGAUGGCGUCACCUUUCCAUGCUGUGGUAGCUGUUGCUUAACCCAGAACUAUCCAGCAGACACAUGUGCUGCUCGAUCGACGCCUGACAAUUGUGUUAGUACGGAUAAGAGAGUACAGAUGGCAGAUGCAAUAGAUAGAGCGAAAACUUACGGAAACCGUAUACAGGAUGAGAAAAACUCUGAUUUCAUCAUUCUUGCAUUAUCUCAAGCCAAAACUACUCACGCGAAAAGAACGGCAGCUAGAGACUUUUACAAAAUAUUGGUUAAGAACUUUGAAACAGAUGUGAUCGAGACAAACGACAUCAAUCAGGAAAUGAAACUUGGAACAAAUAACCUGUUUGAAAGGAUCAAAGAUAGAAUUUGUGAAACCCACAAAGUGUUUGCUGCCGAAGGUAACCCUUGACUGAAUCUAAACAGAAUGGUCAUAAAUUGACAAAGAUACCACGAAUUGUAAUAGAUAUGCGAGAAUGGCAUUGUAUUGUACUGAAUUGCAAUAAAAUGAAUGCUAGCAUGUGGUGCUUUUACUGUUUGAAUUCUAAUUUGCAAAAUAUGUGAAAAUACUCCAAGAGCUGGAAAGAUAAAUUGAC